AUGGCGAUGCCUGCUUCAAUUGGCUACAUUGAUGCCAAAGCAAGAGUCAAUCGUGCAAUAUCUCGAAUGACAACUUUCGUCAAGGCGUCAAUUGAGUUCAAUAGUGACAAAACAAGUACCGGUAAACGUGCCAAGAUACGCCAUAUGCUCUCUGAACUUGUGGAUAUUCGUCAACAUGUCGAAGACGACAUCCAAAUUAUGGAAUCAGCUGUUGGUCAAAAGACUGCUCCAAUUGAUGUUACCGACAAUCAAUGCAGCACUAAACUGAUUGAAUCUUUUGACACCAUGUACUACGAACUCGCCGCUUUCGCUGAUGUCCAUUCAUUUUCAUUGAACUCCACCACGUCCAAUACAUCAGCUUCGAAUCAAUCAUCUUUCAUCAACAACUUAUCAAUGUUCCAACUGCCCAAACGCAAGUUUCCAACCUUUUCCGGCAACAUAGUUGAAUGGCAAGGAUUUGAGGACCUAUUUCAAUCCAUUCUUUCUCACGCUCCUGAAUUACCAGACGUAGAAAGAUUUGAAUAUUUGAAAACAUCCCUUGAAGGAGAAGCACUCUCUCUGGUUUCACACCUUGCUAUCACGUCCGGAAACUACGUAAGUGCCUGGGAAAUCUUGCGUUCGAGAUACGGAAAUAAACGAGACUUGGCCAGGACCCAUCUGGAAGCGCUUUUGAAACCUCAUAUCAUCAAAUGGGACGAUGCUGCCUCACUAAAGAACUCUAUAAACACUAUCUUGGAACAUACCUCCGCGUUGGACAAUCUUGACUUUGUCACCCGCCAAUGGAGUCCGAUCCUGGUACAUAUUUUUGAAAACCAUCUCGACUUCGAACUCCGUGCUCGUUGGGAGCACAUUGUUGGUGAUCAACAUAAUCCACAGGUCAGUGAGUUCGUCGAUUUCUUGCGCAGUCACGUCCGUUCUGCGGAAGUCCUUCCUCAAAGUUCUGCCAGCCAGCCAAGAAAACAACCCAUUCCGUCAUCGCAACCAAGUCAUUCUAAGCACCGUUAUGGAUCACAUCAGAAGGUCUUGUCUGCUACGACAAGUCAAUCAACCUCCAUAAGCUGUCCACUGUGCAAAAAAGCGCAUUCCAUUCGAAAGUGUCCAUUGUAUAUUGACCAAGUUCCAAACGAACGAUUUAAAUUGGCAAAGUUACAUCACCUAUGUAUUAACUGUCUUGGACCUGGGCACUCGACCGCCACUUGUCCAUCAAAGUAUAAGUGCCAAACUUGCCAAAAGUCGCAUCAUACUUCAUUACACUUUGGUGCUGUGUCUGGUGUACAACCGAAACUCCUUCCGUCACCUUCAGAUUGUCAAGAACACAAUUCGAAUGUUACCUCAAUGGUUGUUCGAGGCCAACCGAAAUCAACAGUACUCCUUUCUACAGUAUAUCUGAAUGUCCGUGCGCAUAAUGGCUCUCGUCAGUCACUUCGUGCUUUGAUAGACAGUGGCUCUCAGGCCAGCUUUAUAACAGAUAAAUCUGUGUGUUCAUUAAUGCUUCCCCGAAGUCAUUCAUCUACUAUUAUCUCGACAUUUAAUAGUAACACGAGUGCUCCUGUCCGUGGCAAAUCCACAAUCGUCAUCUCCCCUAAUGGUCGUUUAACUCCAUCAGUUCAUGUUGAAGCCUUGAUUGUUCUAACAAUUACUGAGUGUACGCCUCAGCAGCAGAUAGUUCCAGGGAACUGGUCGCACAUUGCAAGUCUCCCACUAGCUGAUCCAUCGUAUCAUACACCAGGAGAAAUUGACAUCCUGCUCGGUGCCGAUAUUUUGCCCUCACUGUUGCUCGACGGGAAAAUUUCCGGAAAAUGUGGUGAACCUAUGGCCAUCGAGACAGUGUUCG